AAUUUCCCUUGACAACUUACAACGCCGGUUUGUUUACAUCUGCCAAACGCACAUGGGCAAAAUUGAAAGUGCUUGUUGUUAAAAAUCCAAAACAAAACCUUCCCAUACCAUGUCUGAUGCAGCCGACUUUAUAGCGCUUGUUCUUAAAUAUGAGCAAUCCGACACCCACAGUCAUCAGAUAUUCGUGAAGGAAAAUGCAUCCAACGCCACAUGUAAACAGAAACCUGCAGGUCGCACAUUGUACGUCCUCAACGUGCCACCGUACGCAACGGAAGAAGCGCUACAGCAGGCAUUCUCAUCUGCAGGAGAAAUAGAACGUGUCGUGCUGCAGGAAAAACCCUCCAACAAAGAGUCCGCACCGAUUGAAAUCAUGGACAAAGAUGCAUUCUGCUUCAAAGUGGCUUAUGUGGUGUUUGCCAAGCCAAGUUCUUUGAAAAAACUUCUUCGAAAGAGAGAAAUCAACCCGCUGCACACCGAAGAAAAGCCGUUGCUUACCGGUUUACAAAAGUGGACUACAGCGCAUCAAAAACGCACUCCAGACCCGGUCGUAUUGCAGCGGGAAAUUGAUGAGUACAUGGAAUCGUACGAUAAGAAAGUAGAGGAGGCGAAGGCAAAAGAAAGCAGUAACACAGCCGAUGAGGAUGGUUGGGUGACGGUAUCGAAGAAAAACGCGGGCGUAUUUGCGCAGAAACAAAUGGUCGUUCAGAAGCUGGAGAAAAAGCUCGACAAUGACCGGACGACAAAGGAGUUGAAGAAUUUCUACACCUUCCAGAUACGGGAAUCGAAACGGGAUGACAUUAUCAGCUUACGGAAAAAGUACGACCGGGAUUUGAAGAAGAUGGAACAGAUCAAGAAAGCGAAACGAUUCAAACCUUAUUGAGCAGGGCUUUGAAUGGUGUUUUAAACGGAAAAUAAAACACCUCUUUUCGUUUGAUUCAUUCCA